AUAAAUAAAAAAUACCGGAGAAAUUGUAGUGGCUGAGAUUGCUUCUCACUGUUGAACAGUUGGGGUGUGGAUGCUUCUGGUUCUUCUUCUUCUUCUUCCGUUGCUACUGUUUCUGCUUCUUCUUUUCACUUCCAAUUUGAUUCUUCCUUCGAUCCCUAACACUCAGAUUCACCAUUGCCGAAAAUGAGUCCUCCGCCGAGUGUCCGGUGAAUUCCGUCUCUUCACAUGCAUGAUCGCACCUGCAACUCUCUUCACCAUGGCUUUACUUCGAGGUUUUGGCGCUGUGGAGUUCGUUUUGUAGCAUCACCUUAUCAUCAGCUUCUGCUUGCUUUCACCAUAACGGCUUUACUACUUGCUGUGUCCCAUGUCACAAAAAACGAAAGGAGAUAUUCCUUUUACCCACUCCUCGUCAGGGAAGAUCUGAAGCAGCGCUAGCUGCACACGACCUCUAAUGGACGCCUACUCCUCAGGAGAAGAAGUGGUUAUUAAGACAAGAAAACCAUAUACUAUCACAAAGCAAAGAGAACGAUGGACAGAGGAUGAACACAAUAGAUUUCUAGAAGCCUUGAAGCUAUACGGGCGAGCAUGGCAGCGCAUAGAAGAACAUAUAGGAACAAAGACUGCUGUGCAAAUCAGAAGCCAUGCUCAGAAAUUCUUUUCAAAGUUGGAGAAAGAGGCCUUUGUAAAGGGUGUUCCAAUAGGACAAGCUCUUGAUAUAGACAUCCCCCCUCCACGGCCGAAAAGAAAACCAAAUAAUCCUUAUCCCCGGAAGACCAAUGUUGGUGACCCAACAUUACAUAAUGGAGUAAAGCAUGGGAAGUCUCUCGUUUCAAUUGCAUCUUCACACAGUAAACAAGCACUGGACUUGGAGAAAGAACCACUUCCAGAGAAGCAUAAUAAGGAUGAAAGCUGCUCAAAAGUAUUUACCAUUAUCAGGGAGGCACCCUGUUCAUCUGUAUCUUCCGCAAACAAGAAUUCACUAUCAAUGUCAGUGCCGCUGAGAAAUUCAUGCGCCUUAAGGGAGUUUAUACCUUCAAUAAAAGAGAUAAUAACUCCAGAUAUAACAAACGAAUCCUUUAUUACUGAUGAGCUUGAAAAUCAGAAGUUGGAGUUAGAUGAUGGCAAGCAAACACAAAAGACUAAUGGCACUUGUAAAGUCUCUAAAUUGGAGAAUUCUGACGCUUCGAAAUUGAUUCAAACUGCGAAAACAGAGGUUCCUAAUUGUGCAUUAACAAUCGAUGGGAUGCAAAGCAAUCAAAAUUACCCAAGACAUGUCCCCGUGCACGUUGUUGAUGGGAGUAGUACUCAAAAUCCAUCCCCAGAUAUGGUGUUUCAAAACUCUAUAUUUCAGCCGAUAGGAGGGGUUAAUGGGAAACCUAAUCUUGUCACCACUUCUGCUACAUCAAACAUAAGUGAAAGUCAAAAUAACACAGCACGGUCUUCUAUUCAUCAAUCAUUUCCUCUGUGUCCCCUCUUCACACAACAUAAUCAGGAUGAUUACCAUUCUUUUCUUCACAUAUCCUCCACAUUUUCAAGUCUUAUUGUGUCUACCUUGCUGCAAAACCCUGCAGCUCAUGCUGCAGCAAGUUUUGCUGCUACAUUUUGGCCCUAUGCAAAUGCAGAAACUUCCACUGAUUCUCCUGUGUGCACUCCAGGUUUUCCAUCUAGACAAAUUGGCUCACCUCCAAGUGUGACAGCUAUUGCAGCUGCUACAGUAGCUGCUGCAACCGCAUGGUGGGCUGCCCAUGGACUGCUUCCUUUGUGUGCUCCACCCCAUACAGCUUUUGCCUGUCCUCCUGCAUCAGCGACUGCAGUUCCAUCAAUGAAUAUUGGUGAAUCACCACAAAAAACAGAACAAGGAGAGAUUAAACCACAAAAUCCUCCUCUGCAAGACCAGAUAAUAGAUCCAGAACAAUCAGAAGCUCUGCAAGCUCAACAUUCAGCUUCUAAGUCACCAGCUGUUUCUUCACCCGAAUCUGAGGAGAGUGGAGAUGCCAAUUUAAAUACUUCAUCAAAGGCUACUACAAAUCAUGAGAUGAACCAAACAAUUUCUGAGAACCCGGAUUCCAACAAAAUGAAGGGCAGGAAACUGGUAGACCGUUCCUCAUGUGGUUCCAAUGCAACCUCUAGCAGUGAAGAGACUGAGCUACUAGAGAAGGAUGAGAAAGAAAAGGAAGAGCCCAAAACACUGGAAGAAAACCUUUUAGCUACUGAGACUAAUAAUCGUCGUAGUAGAAGCAUUAGCAACCUUACUGAUUCAUGGAAGGAGGUCUCUGAAGAGGGGCGUCUUGCCUUUCAGGCUCUAUUCUCCAGAGAGGUGUUGCCACAAAGCUUUUCACCUCCUUAUGAUUUGAUAAAUCAGGAUCAUCAGAUAGACAGAAACAGCUUCAAGGAUAACAAGCAAAACACAGACUACAAAGAUGAAGACCUUGAAAGCAAGAAAUGCAGUUCUAAUUGUGAUGGGGUGCAGAAAAAUCUGCCACUAGUCAAAGAUAACAGUGAGGAGGAGGGACUGCUAUCUAUAGGUCUUGGACAAGGAAGGCUAAAGACUCGUCGAACAGGAUUUAAACCUUACAAAAGAUGUUCGGUGGAGGCCAAGGAAAACAUGAUCGGAACCGCCUGCAACCAAGGUGAAGAAAAAGGUCCUAAGAGAAUACGCUUGAAUGAGGAGGCUUCAACUUGAUGCUUGAUAUAUGCAUGCAAACCACACAAAGAAAAUCUUUAGUUUUGCAUAUAUCAUUUAAGUCCCCCUCUUUUGGUGUCUGUAUUGCUUAUUUUCUAAUCUUGCAGCUCACGAAACUUGUCGUGUAGAUGUGUGUACCAUAUUAAAUUACUGUGUACGCUGUUUUACUAUCUUGGACUGAUAAUGCUGUUAAGAACUCCGCUAAAUAGACAUAGAUAAGAAACAUUAAGUAUUGUUUGAACCCUGAACAUUAAGUAAUUUAUGAUCCAUUAUUCAGCCUCUU